CUCUUGGCUGGCAGUUCCUGUCAACUCGCCAAACGCGUCCGUCUGCUCACCGCAUUUUGUCGGUUUCAGCUCAUUUGAGCAGUUUCAAGUGGGUGAUAAUUUAUUUCGAGUUUAUCCAUUACGCUGAACGCUUUUCGGCGACAGCUCGUUAAGCAGCGUGCCGUUUGGCCAGGUGUUUCGCGUUCGUCAGCAUCCCUUUCUUUCUUCAGAAAAUAAUUAAGAGGCAAAAGGUAUUUAGUGGAAAUGACAAACCAUUAGGGACACCGGCGUGCAGAGUUAAAAAUAAUGAGCUCCACUCACAGGGUAAAAAAUAGCAGUUUUGAUUUCUCCAACACAGGACGCGGCCUUUUUAUUUUUAAUUAAUUGGCAUUCUUCCUCUUUUGGAGCCGUAUAUUAUUGUGAAUUGGAUUCGACUAAAACAUUUUGUGCUCGCUCUGAAAAUAAGAUUGCUUUAAUCAGAGUACUAUCAAUUAUAAAGGAUGCGGUUAUCGAGUUUUCAAAGAUAACAAGACAAAAAAUAUUAACUGAAAAACAAGUAAAUAGCAAAAUUUCCCAUUUUUAGCUCAAAAGUUUACAUGCUAAUCAAGCAUUCAAUAGUCUCCCUGCUGUAAAAACACGAUUUAUCUCAUAUUUAGGGUUUUUUUUCUCAAAAUUCGCACACCAUUGGAUAGAUCGCACAGCAAGGGUGAAAUCAAGCGAAAAAAUCAUAUAAUUUUUCGACAAAUUUGGCAAAAUAUGAAAUUUUACUGUUCCUCGGUUCUGAUCGGUGAUGAACUCUAUGAACUGGUUGCUAAAGUCGACAAUACAAAAUGUUCCUAAUUGUUGGCCCAUGUUAAGCUUUUAAUAAUGCUCUGUUACAUUGUGUGUCCUCGCUGCGAAAUCUUUUUUGUCUCUGCGUCCCAGGGCGGUAAUCAUUGCUAUCAAGUUUAGUGUAAUUUGUUGUUGUGUUUUUUCUUGAAAUUUUAGGAGUGGUGUUUAAUUAGUUUAGUUUAUUUGUAUUUAUACAACAGUACAGAAAUUGAAGAUCUUCCAUUCCUAUCCGCGCAUUUACAAAUUAGUCACAAGUAGUAACAAAAUUUAAAUGAACGAUGAAAAAGAAACAUUGUGUAUGCAUUACGCAAUGUUUGUGUCGCAAGUAAAGUGUGCAUGUUUUGCUACAGAGAACCCCUGUAAUUAUAAAAUUUGCUAGAAUAAACAAAACAACAACAGUGUGCUUAAAUAGUUAAUUCGGGUUAAUUAAAUUAGCACUGAAAUUUCAUUCUUGACGAUGCCAAUCGAUUCUUGAUCUUGAGGGUCGAAUUUAACUAGCUAGUUGAAGCAAAUUCGGUCGAAAAUUCUACGAGAAAAACGUAAAAACCGUUAGUUUAACUGUUUUUGGUCUAAUUAGUACGGUGACCAAUCAGAGAAGGGAGUGGUUCUCUGAUCGAGACAGUAGCGCCACAGCGACAGCCAGAUGAAGCUGACCUGCCUUAUCGCUUACACAAAAUGCUUGUGUAUGGCCCAGUUUAUGAUAUUUUUAACCCUUUUUUGUACUGAAUUUUUCUGACAGCUUAUGUUCCUGAAAUUUUAACUGCAAAUAAUUCCUUGCUGUCUGAGGAAGCAGCAACAAUAUAUACAGUUGUUAUAUCAAAAAUAAUUAGGUUAAUACCUAGGUUCCAACUUGCUGAAGUAGCUUCGGUGUCUUUAAUUCCUUUAAUUGGAUUACCGGUGCACUAAAGCUGGAGGGAAAGCUGUGUUUUGACUACCCCUAAAAUCAAUUACUAUGGCGUUGAGUUAUCAGCUUUUAUUUUGUAUACUUGUCCAAUCACAAGGGAUGAGUCCGUGCAUUGGCAACAAGCAUUUUCCAGUAUUUUGCAGUAUCAAUCCUCUUAAACUGCUGAAGAGUCCUUAGGGACUGUAAAAACAGUGCUUUGUGUUUAACUGUCUCCGAUUUUUCACUUUUGCUGGUUAUAUUUUCAACAUCCUAUUAAAAUCUGGUUCCCCUAAAUUCGCAACCGUUUCUGAAAGAGGAUUUGGGACAACCAAAAAGCAUAAUGUAUGUUGGAAUGGCGGCGUUGCGUCCGGGGCGACAACUUUAGCCGCAAUUUGGUGCAGCGUUUUGCUCGGUUCGGGCCGAGAGACGCGACGCGACGGACAAUUUGGCAGGGAGGCAAGCCUGCUCGGCAGCCGCAGCCUCUUUGCCUUGCCGUGUUCAGACAUGACAUUUACCAAUACGCCACGUUAAGUUAGGCAUUAUUCCAAAUUAGUCUGCUUUUGUAGUUACAUCAUUAUAACGAACGAAAAGCGGCCGUCAAUCAGCGGGCAAAAAGGCGGGCGAGCGCGCGUCGAGUGGAGGCGCCGCUGCCGCGCACUCGCCGCCCGGCUGCCAAAGGGUGCGCACCGCUCGCUCGCACUUUUCCUCUCGCAGCCAUGCAGACAGAUGGCCCUUCUCACUCGCCGCCGGUGCUAAGCAUGUCCGGAUCGACGGCGCUGGUGGCGCCGGCCGCCGACACCGUCGCUGACGACGGCGACGAAGACAUCGGCGAGGCCCGUCACGAGGCAGCGCGCCAGCGAUGGAGGCUGCUGGCCGAGGCGCUGAAGCGCGGCGCCGCGACCACGCACGAGGGCGCCGCCGACUCGUGCAUGGGCGUCAGUUUCGGGCUGGUGCGCUGCCUUUCCACCCCUGAGAACGGCUGGUUCGUGUACUCGGCGCAGGGAUUCGAGGUGCUCGUGUGCCACGUCACCGAGGCCGUUUCUCCAAAGGCGCUGGCAGGCUUCAACAACACGGGCAACGUGCGCGUGUGGUCUUCCGAGGAGGUGCUGACGCACUACUGCCUGCGUCAGGGUCCGGCGCUGUUCGCGGGGCGGCGCGUGCUCGAGCUGGGCGGCGGCAUGACCUGCCUGGCCGGGCUGAUGGUGGCCAAGGCGGCCGCACCGGCGUACGUGCACCUCACGGACGGCAACCAGGCGGCCAUGGCCAACGUGAAGCGGAUCGUGGCGCAGAACGAGCUGCGCACGGACGUGGCGUGCAGCGUGCUGAGGUGGCACGAGGCCGGGCACCUGCGACCGGCCGCGCUCUACGACCUGAUCCUGUGCGCCGACUGCCUCUUCUUCGACGACGCCCGGCCCGCGCUGGCCGACGCCAUCAGCCUGCUGCUGCGCCCUGGCGGCUCGGCCCUGGUCAUGGCGCCGGCCAGGGGCGGCACCUUCAACCUCUUCGUGCAGGAGGUGGCCCGCAAGGGCCUCAGGUACUCGAUCGCCAAGAGGUACGACGACGCCGUGUGGGCCAGCCACGAGGCCCUGAUGCACGCCGCCCAGCACGGCGGGCCUUUCUACAACGAGGACCUGCACUUCCCGCUGCUGCUGCUGCUCACCAAGCCCAGUUGAGUCCCGCUGGCUCGGCUGACCAGUCAUUUUACCGAUCAGAUAAAAGUUCUCAGAUUCUUUCCAUGUUGUUCGAAGAUGGUGUUCAUUACGAUAUUUUUCUCUAUGUUGAUGAAUCUCAUUAUUAUACUUCGAUUUUGGGUAUAAAUUUUACAUUUAGGUUUAAAGUACUCCUCGAUUCCUGUACAAAGUGACCACUAUUUUGUCUCCCUUGAUAUUAUAUUUGUAUAUUCCAUGUAAUGUCAUUCCUCAUAUUCUGCCUCUUACAGUGUAGUCGAUCAAUUUUUCAGAGUUAAUGUUCCAAAGUCUGUGUAUUAUUGUUGACGUAUCAAAGUGACUCUAAGUUAUUCUCAUUUUCGUUGACAUUUUAGCUGGUUUCACGUUUGUUAGUUGUUGUUCUUUUUAUGUUUGAAUGUUAUUUUAUUUCAACUCUCUCGUAUAUUUUAAUUUAUUUUUAUUUGUUUUAUUAUAUUUUUAUUGUUAAAUUAGCACUGGAGUUUCAUUUUUUUAUUGUGCCAAUCGAUUCCAGAGGGUUGAAUAAGGAAGGCGGCCAAGCACUCGGUCGAAAAUCGUCGAAAACAUAACCGUUAAUUUUUUUAUUUUAUUAUUAUUUAAUAUUUUUCUGAACGGCGGCAGACCUCUUUGAUUGACUAGAUCGAGACAGCAGCGCCACAGUGACAGCCAGCAGAAGCGAAAAAAGCUUGUCGCUUCAUUCGCCUCCGCUGGUUCUCGCUGUGACGCUGCCUUAUCGAUCUUAAACUACGGUCUCUUCUCUGAUUGGUCGCCGGCGUUCAAAACCAAAAACCGCCAAAGUAAAGGUUUUUGGUGCGUUUCGGCCACCUAACCUUAUUCGACCCUCAGCAAUCGAUUGGCACUGCCAUAAAUGAAGUUCCAGUAGUUCUACUUUGAGCUUUCUUUUAUUUUAAGUUGUUGAUGAUACUGGACAUUAAAGUAUCAAUCGCAAAUCUGAUCGCAUAAUUAGUCAAACAAAGUUUUAGUUCUCUUUUCUCGCAUUAGUUACUUUCUUUUUUCAGGGCUGUUCUGUUCACAAAGUUUUAUUUCGCAUACUCUUCUCGUUGUUAGAUAUUCUAGCUGUUGAAAGAGGAAUUUUACCUUGUUUAUCCUUCUUAUAACUUUGAAGAGGAAUGAUCACAGAGUCACAUCACAAAGUGACACUUUGAUUCCAAAUCGCGGUGUUCCAAGCAUGAAUACUUAUAUGCUCUAUACUCUGACAGUUAAUUGUUGAAAAAUGUUCAACCCUCUCAAAGUGGGUCAUUUGCAGAUUUUCUGACUUUCUUUUGUCAAAGGGAUAGAACAGUCGGCUGAGGCGCAAUUUUACUUAGUUCUAUUUUAGUAGAAUGCUGAGUGCUGUAUUAUAUGGCUGUGAUGUUUUACAAACACUCAAUGCAUACAUAAGGCAGAGACGUUUUGUUCUACUCGGAAAAUAAACAAUCUGGGAGAACAUCUCCGAAUUGCCAUAAUAUUUAAACGGCCGGCCAAGAGAUGUGGCGGCUGAAUCUCAUUUGGACACAUUCUGUUUCGCAUCCGCUGCGGAAAAGACGCCCACUGUAGAACUUUGAGAUUUUUGCUAGCUUUGUUGACGCACUAGUUUUUUCUCGUUCUUGAUCGAAUCAAAUGAAUACGAAGGAGGAAAAUGCUCAUUUAAUUUUUACGGAGGUAGACAGAUUUUAGUGGACCGACUGAUCCUAGAUCAAUAAAUUUGUACCGCGUGCCUUUUGAUGCGUGUUGCCAGCGUCACAAAGAUUGUGGUCAAAUUGGUAGCGAAUUAGGUUGUACUAUUAGCUAUUUGCCAUGGGCGUAGACAAAGUUAACGACGAAAAUUGAAACAAAGCUCAAUUGAGUCUUAAAUUUCAAAUUGCUUUAUCAAGAAGGCAUGCCGUCCUUUAUAUAUUCUAGUUGGAGAGUCGGAAUAACAAAAAGAUAGAAAAGUCGUUUCGUAAACCGCUUGCACCAUUGUUUUCACGUGUAUUCGAAAAAUUGCGUAGCAUGUUAAUGUGUUAAAUAAGCGACUACUCGCCGAGUCGGUUCUUAUUACAAUAAUUAUUGUACUUAUUCCGCUACAAUCACAUGGCAAUGUAUCAGCUCCGUGAGAUGCUACCGUGCCUAAUGUAUUGUACCUCCAGAACAAUACAUACUAUUGUUGAUGUUGUUGUUAAAACGAAUAAA